UGUCUGUAACACUAUAUAAGUAAACUCAGACUCCAACAGACAAACUAGCCAAACAAGAGUGAAUCAACAUCAUAAAGAUGAUGAAGGCUUGGCUCGUUCUGCUUCUGCUGAUGCCUGUCUGCACAGCUGACCAUUAUAUUGAGUGCUAUGGCGAGGACUUCCUGAUGGUGAGGAACAUGGUUCUUCAAUGCAGAAGUAAAGUUCCUCAAGCCUGUUACACCAGAGGAACUGGAGAGAAAGGGUGUGUAAGCCUGGCAUUCUGUCAGAGGAAAGGCUGGAAAUGUUGUUAUGAAAGCCGGUGCAAUGCUUGAUGUUUACAACAGAGGAUGCUGCUGAAGACCAAUUUUUAUGCCUUAAUUACACUUUUUCUUUCUUUUUUAAUAUAUAUUUGACAAAAUUGAAAGUAAAAAAAGUAAUUGCAAUAAUAUAGUUAUAAUAAAGUAGAAGAUGUCUACUUGUGUAAACGACACAGUAUUAAUGAAUUCAUUCAGUUUAAAGGUUUGGACAGUAUUGUGCUGCAUAUCCCUUGUGAAAAAUAAAUAUACUAAAAUGUAUUUGAAAUACAUUUAUUUCAUGCUAAGUAUACUGCAAAUCCGUUUACAUCUUAUGUACUUGAUGAAAAUACACUGCGAUUGUAUUUGUGGUAUAAUACAUUGGUAUACUUAAAGUAUGCUAAAUUGGAACAAUUAAUUUUGCACUUCAUAUACUUUAAUUGUGCAGAAAUAGUGCUGAAAUCCAACUAAAGAUACAUUUAAGUGUAUUUGAUUGUGCUAAAGUGGAACUACUGCAAGUAUGCGUCAGGUACACUUUAAAUAUCUUGCAUUGUAAGAUUGAUUUUAUAAAAAAAUCACAAAAUCCUUAAAAACACAGGCUUAAUAUGAAGAAAUGUGCAUUGUUUAUAAGUAGUACUCCAAAUAAAGUUUAAUUAUAAUUUUAUAUCAGUAAGUCAUGUCAGUAAAUAUGUUAAUACAUUAAACUAUACUAAGUAUGAAAU